UUUAAACUUUUUAUGCUGUCAUAGAGGAAUCUGGUUGAAAGUAUUACUAACCACCUAAAGAAAAUAAAGUAUCAUGAAAUACUUUUAUUUUGUCAUCCUUAAACUCGUGUUUCUCGUUAAUUUUGGUGCGAAUGGUCAACCAUUAUUCCCAAAUUUACCUACGGGAGAACAUCGAGUAUACUUCAAAGCCAUUAUAAAAUGUAAGAAUAGUGAAAACUCUGAUUUUCAAUUCAAUUGGAAGUUGACUAAAACGUCUAUAAAUACUACAGAAUUAAUGGGAAAUGUAACUCUUAAAACGCUGUUUGACGAUUCUCAUACGCUCCUCAUUAAUUUGGCUGUUAAAGACUCGAUUGGUGGUUGGAAAGAUAAUUAUAUUCAACACAAAGCUCCUAAAGCAUGUACAACUAUGAAAGGUUUUUUAGGGUCAGGGUGGUCAUUGCUCAUCAAUGGUCACAAUUUAAACAACACAAACUGUCCAAUACCCAAGGGAGUCUACCAACUUACAAAAAGCUUUGAUCUGACAACCAUUAUUUCAAUGUCACAUUUUCCAAAAGUAUUUUUUUACGGAACGUACAAAAUGCGUUUUUCUUUUAAUGAUAAGUUUGACAAGGAAAGUGGCUGCAUUGUGUUUGUAAUUGAAGUUAAACGACCCUGGGAAACUAUAUAAAUAGGAACCUCAAUAACAUACAUGUGUUCCUACGUAUAUACAAGUUUUUGAAUUAUA